AUGGACCAGCAGUUCGGAACAAGUAAACAAGUGCAUUUGGAUGGCCGAACCCGCGAUAACCUCGGAGAUUUGGUCUACCGACUGAAUAUGCUGGUGUCCACUUGUAACUCACAGCCCCUUACGUUGGCCUUGCAAACAUUGUACGAGGUUUCUGUAAAUCCGGAUACUUAUCAAUCCAACCAGAUUGUCCUCAGUCGAUCAGAGGCAACAUUGAUUCUGCGAGGGCUUGAGCUUGCAAACAGAGAACACUGGAGAUCUGUAAGAAACAAUACAGUUGGGUAUGAUGGUCCAAAACAUUUAUGGUCCGUAUCUGAACAGUUAACUCGGCGACUGGACACUGAAUUGACGCAAAAUAGGCAAGAAUAUUGCGCAAUAGACUUGAAGGAAGCCAUGGUAGUUCAGCAAGUCCUGUUGACCGUGUUAUCGGUAAGCAACGCGGUACGCAACCCUUGUGAGAAAGCAUUAGACGCUAAAUACUUCGCCUUUUACUCAGGUCAGCUACGAUCAACCACGGAUUCUACGGACGAUGAACCAUCGAAUGAUAUGUUGAGUCCAAUCGCUGAAAUUUGUAGCUCAGAAACCAGUGUUUGUGAAACGCAUACAUCGCAGAGUGAAAGAUAUCCUCCUAUGAAACUUUGGUUACGCGAUGCAGUGAGCUCAGAAAAUGAAAGCGUGAGUGAACAUGCAAUUAAACGGUCACAGAAUAAAUCUGCUGUCAUUAUUCCCAAACACAGAGCUGGAUGGGUCAGCAACAACGUGCCGGCUGGGAUCUGCAAUGCCAAUGAAGAGCGACGGCUACCACGGACGUGUAGACAGGAAGAAACACAAACAGUAAAAGUUGAAAAAUCCGUCGCCCAGUGCAUGGCCAGAUAUUUCCAAACCGAAAUGUUAGAAACGAUGCCCAAAACAAACGAAAGAGAAGGUGUGGACCAGAGAGAACGGAUGGAAGAGUUAUUUCAUAAAAUAACAUCACAGAUUCAAGAUAACACUGAAAGAUACGUUGAAAUGACAGGGCCAGAAAUGGAAUGCAUAUACAGGGCACUGAAGAACGAUAACAACGAAUACGCCAACAGCAUGAAUAGUAUUAUCCAAAAUUACAAACCAGGAAAAAUUUCACCAAAAGAACAACCAUUCAACGCAAUCAAAUAUGAAAACGACAACCAAAAAGCCCCCUUAAAAAUUUCAGAACAAGCACCGGAAGAGAUAAACACAGCGCUGCAAACAGUACAGAAACGAGUGCCUAGUGAAUUGACGCCGGAACAAGCCAACGAAAUUGUCACGAGCGACGCUCUCCCGAGCGGUUCAGUCUAGUGAGACACACCUUGCUGAAUCAACAGACCCCAGUCUGACUAUUUCGGCUCAACAAUCGGAACAGCUGAACAGUUUGCUGCAAACAGUACAGAAACGAGUGCCUAGUGAAUUGACGCCGGAACAAGCCAACGAAAUUGUCACGAGUGUUCUGAAGCUCGAAUCGGCCAUUCCACAUUCUGCCCUUGUUCCCGUGGUGAGGACGGCGAGGGCCAUGCAAUGCAAUCCACACUACGCGACGCAACUGCCCAUUCUAGCGAGUCAGCUGCAGAAACUGUGUAGUGCCACCACGGCAGUCCACACACAAGCGGUUCAGUCUAGUGAGACACACCUUGCUGAAUCAACAGACCCCAGUCUGACUAUUUCGGCUCAACAAUCGGAACAGCUGAACAGUUUGCUGCAAACAGUACAGAAACGAGUGCCUAGUGAAUUGACGCCGGAACAAGCCAACGAAAUUGUCACGAGUGUUCUGAAGCUCGAAUCGGCCAUUCCACAUUCUGCCCUUGUUCCCGUGGUGAGGACGGCGAGGGCCAUGCAAUGCAAUCCACACUACGCGACGCAACUGCCCAUUCUAGCGAGUCAGCUGCAGAAACUGUGUAGUGCCACCACGGCAGUCCACACACAAGCGGUUCAGUCUAGUGAGACACACCUUGCUGAAUCAACAGACCCCAGUCUGACUAUUUCGGCUCAACAAUCGGAACAGCUGAACAGUUUGCUGCAAACAGUACAGAAACGAGUGCCUAGUGAAUUGACGCCGGAACAAGCCAACGAAAUUGUCACGAGUGUUCUGAAGCUCGAAUCGGCCAUUCCACAUUCUGCCCUUGUUCCCGUGGUGAGGACGGCGAGGGCCAUGCAAUGCAAUCCACACUACGCGACGCAACUGCCCAUUCUAGCGAGUCAGCUGCAGAAACUGUGUAGUGCCACCACGGCAGUCCACACACAAGCGGUUCAGUCUAGUGAGACACACCUUGCUGAAUCAACAGACCCCAGUCUGACUAUUUCGGCUCAACAAUCGGAACAGCUGAACAGUUUGCUGCAAACAGUACAGAAACGAGUGCCUAGUGAAUUGACGCCGGAACAAGCCAACGAAAUUGUCACGAGUGUUCUGAAGCUCGAAUCGGCCAUUCCACAUUCUGCCCUUGUUCCCGUGGUGAGGACGGCGAGGGCCAUGCAAUGCAAUCCACACUACGCGACGCAACUGCCCAUUCUAGCGAGUCAGCUGCAGAAACUGUGUAGUGCCACCACGGCAGUCCACACACAAGCGGUUCAGUCUAGUGAGACACACCUUGCUGAAUCAACAGACCCCAGUCUGACUAUUUCGGCUCAACAAUCGGAACAGCUGAACAGUUUGCUGCAAACAGUACAGAAACGAGUGCCUAGUGAAUUGACGCCGGAACAAGCCAACGAAAUUGUCACGAGUGUUCUGAAGCUCGAAUCGGCCAUUCCACAUUCUGCCCUUGUUCCCGUGGUGAGGACGGCGAGGGCCAUGCAAUGCAAUCCACACUACGCGACGCAACUGCCCAUUCUAGCGAGUCAGCUGCAGAAACUGUGUAGUGCCACCACGGCAGUCCACACACAAGCGGUUCAGUCUAGUGAGACACACCUUGCUGAAUCAACAGACCCCAGUCUGACUAUUUCGGCUCAACAAUCGGAACAGCUGAACAGCUUGCUGCAAACAGUACAGAAACGAGUGCCUAGUGAAUUGACGCCGGAACAAGCCAACGAAAUUGUCACGAGUGUUCUGAAGCUCGAAUCGGCCAUUCCACAUUCUGCCCUUGUUCCCGUGGUGAGGACGGCGAGGGCCAUGCAAUGCAAUCCACACUACGCGACGCAACUGCCCAUUCUAGCGAGUCAGCUGCAGAAACUGUGUAGUGCCACCACGGCAGUCCACACACAAGCGGUUCAGUCUAGUGAGACACACCUUGCUGAAUCAACAGACCUCUGUCUGACUAUUUCGGCUCAACAAUCGGAACAGCUGAACAGCUUGCUGCAAACAGUACAGAAACGAGUGCCUAGUGAAUUGCGGAACAAGCCAAGCGGUUCAGUCUAGUGAGACACACCUUGCUGAAUCAACAGACCCCAGUCUGACUAUUUCGGCUCAACAAUCGGAACAGCUGAACAGCUUGCUGCAAACAGUACAGAAACGAGUGCCUAGUGAAUUGACGCCGGAACAAGCCAACGAAAUUGUCACGAGUGUUCUGAAGCUCGAAUCGGCCAUUCCACAUUCUGCCCUUGUUCCCGUGGUGAGGACGGCGAGGGCCAUGCAAUGCAAUCCACACUACGCGACGCAACUGCCCAUUCUAGCGAGUCAGCUGCGAGAUAUUUCCCAUGGCUUUCUUGGGCAGUUUGUGGGUGCCGAUAUUUUGGAUGAAUCCGUGUUAUCUGCUAAUUAUUUUGGACCUUUUCUCGAUGGUUACUUGAAAUUUUCCGAUGUUUUGGUUUCCUUCGUUUUCCUGGAUCGAUUCUCGCAUCUUUCGGACAGGAUUCUUUUAAUGGAAUCUAUGCUGAUCUCCGGUUUUUCCGACGUCCUGAAUCGGAGUUUGCGUCUCCUGAGCGCCGCCUUUCCUAGUUAUGGCGUCUUUAGUUUUUUAAUGAAUUCGUCUCAGUCGUGUGACGAUACGUCUUUCGCUUUAAUCGCGGACGUCGUUCGCAAACUACAGGAAGACUUUCAAUUUCGAAGUUCGCUUGAAGGUAUGCACCUAACCCUCCAUCAUUUUGCGAAUAGAUCUGACCUGAAUGUGUCCGACUCUGAGAGAAUGCGACUCAUUGACAUGAUUUGUGCUGGUUUGAUUCAUAUAUAUGCAUACAAUGGCGCUAUACAGAGAGACGAAGCCGCCUUGUUGGUGGAACUGAUUCAACGUAUUUCAAGGCGCACUGAUCAAAGGAUCGAUAAAUCUGACCAGUGUAUCUUGGGUUGGCUUUCUCAAAGACUAACAAAAGUCCGCCGAGACUUGUCAACUUUACACAAAGAUGAGCUACAACUACCGGAAAUAAUACAUCAACUGCAGACUGCUUUGGAUCAAGCCAACCCGAACAGUCAGUGGGUAAUAGUCAAUCCUUAUUUAUUUGCCGCCCUUCUCACAUCUGGCGAGAUUGAAGACAAUCUUGAUGUACUUAAAGCAAAUCUCUUGUUUUCUAUGAAUGAAAUGUACUUAUUCUCAGACGUCAAACUCAGUCGAGUACAAAUCAAACUUUGGCUGCAACGUCUAACCUCAAUGAACGAAGGAAUCGGUGAGAAAGCAUUAUUACACUCAGCUUUGACAAGGUCAGCGCAGGAAGAAUCACAUUCGGUUGUCCAGUUAUCGCAGAUCAGUCGAUCACUUUCAACGAACCAGGCAUCCUCAAAAUCCAUUGAACGCACUCCUCUUGAAGGCACUUUGGAGUUUCCGCUGGAUGAGAACGACUACCAGCAAGCCAAAUUGGAUGCUAUUUCAAACCUGUCACAUGUAGAUCGUCUAGGAUCUUUUAGUUCAACCACAGUGUACGAAUCCGCUUUACAAAUACGCAAUCUUUUGUCAACUGUCGACAGUUAUGAUGAGUCUCAAGGCUUGGUUGUCCUAACCAGAAAGGAAUGCGCAAUGCUGGCCAACGGACUGCAAUGGUGUCUUGAAAUUGCAGGAGUACACAAGAUAGAUGAUCACCCAUUAAUCCAGUCCGUCAUCAGACAACUACAUCUGGGCAGGCGUCAGUCGGAUGGUUGGGUGCUUACGAUAGGCGUGGUGGAAGAUAUAAAACGUUUUUCUGAUCAGUGUAUAAAUGCUCAUCUGCAAGAAGCAGGAGAACAGGUGUUACAGAUGGACAACGAAUCAAUGUCAACGGAGACUAGUCAUAUACCAAACAAUAUUCCCACGGAGCUUUUCAGGGAUACGCACGAUAAUUUGGAAGAACCUCUUGGUUUACGGGAAAUAAGGAGGUUGGCCAAAGUGUUGGACGAAACGGAAGAUGUAAUUGUUCGGAAGUCAAUUGCUGACCAUCUAUUGAAUACCUUGGAAAGAUUGAGCAACACUGAACGAAAGCACAGUUUACUGGAAUAUGCAGCUUGUUUGGCGCAUUUGAUGGCCAUCGAAAACAAGCUGUUAAAAGAAAAUGCAAAUGUCCUUGAAAGUGGUGAUAGGUACUCUCUUGCGUAUAUAUUAAGACUAUGCAAAGCGAUACCUGAGAUUUCGAUGGAUGAGACGCAGGCAAAAAGCAUCGAACAAACGGUUGCUGAAUUAAUCCAAGGGACGAAUGCUCCGAAUCACACAAGAGACACCAAUCUCGACCGAUUGGCAAACCAUCUUAACUUUGCCAUUACCAAUAUCGCCAAGCUGCUCCAAGUUAACCUAGAAUCACCUGACGCAUAUUCUGUCGAACGGGUUGAAACUGAUUCGUCACGUAUUCCGCUGUUUGCUACCUUGCUGUGGACAGCAAUCACCCAUAAACCGAGCAAUUUAGCUUCGACGUUAUGUAAUUCACCACUGAUGAGUCUGAUCAUCAGAAUUGAGCCUAACCUCAAAGAAACGGUUGAAUUUUCUUUACAAUCGUUAGAGAAUGAAUCACGUCCGAAUCUAUGUUCACUGUUAUCGGAGGCCGUGAAAGAAGCGGAGCAUUUUGCAGCUAAAUGUCAAUGUUCUCAACCGGAGGAUCUUGCGGCCCUAGUCAUGCAUCUGGCACACGUGAGAGAGUUGGCGAGGUGCCUAGGCAUAUCAACCACACCAACUAUCACUGCAGUCAUCGACGGGUUACUUGACCAAUUAGUGAAUGACGAGGAUGUGCCUGCAGUAACGCUGGAAAUGGUGAAGGAAGAAUUGGCAAACACGGCAGCAUUGUCACGUGAUUUGGUCGAAGAUUCCCUUAAUGGAGCGCUGCUAGAGGUUAACAAUGGCAAGUUAUCGGAGUCUGAUCACCCGACCGAUGGUGGGAAUACCAACUCAGAAAAUGCCGUCCGACUGGAGGGUGUCAGCAACGAAAAGGUCAUCGAAGCACUGGGCAUGACCAUUAUGUGCAAAAAGGCGAAACUUCCAGUUAAAUUGGGAUUCAUAAUUGGAUUGAUGGAAAAGCUGCGUAAUUCUAGUGACAAUGCCUUGACGCGAGACGAGCGUUUGAUAGUUAACCAGGUCCUCAGUAGUGCCUCUGACUCGGCCAAAUCGGAACAGUUCGAGACCACACUGGAUAAACCAGGUACGUCGUAUCUCGUUGAAUGUCCCAAACUGGCUCACCUUGCAGAAGGGAAGGUGUUGAAUCCAGUGGAAGCUGCACAACUGUUUGAUGACAUUACCGGAAUCUUGAACUCUCCAUCAGCGACCGGCUCAUUCUCAGAGGAACUCUGCAAUAAACUUCAUUCAGUAAAAACCAAACUGCUACGUGCUUCAGUCAGUGGUCAGUCAGUUGACGUAGGUAGUGUCGUUAGUGCACCAGAUGACCUCCGCAACAUACUGGUCAACGAACUGGAAAAAAUAGAAGAGAAGGAAAGUAACCAAAUCCGACAAGAUCUGGUUGAGCGCCUUCAACUUUUCCGAAUGUAUGCCUUUGAAGACCCUGCCAGAGUUAACAGGAUUGGCGACAAUAGACUAAGCGUACUGAAGUACUGCGGAAAUCUCGAUACUGCGGAUGCUACCCAACGGCUUGAUCCUAAGACGACGGCACUUCUUCAUCGAUGCGUCCUCGACCAAAUGCGAAGAUAUCCACCACUGAUGAGCACAAUGCUUCCGCUUUUGGGAAUCUUGGUCGAAUUGGAAGAGAGUAAGGAUAUCACCGUCAGCACAGAUAAACUUGACGAAAAGACGCAAGAACAGCUCUACGUACCAAUGGAGAUUUCGGCCGCUGAUCUAGAUAUUGUGACUACCUUCCUAAGCACUCCAAAAGGUAGUCCACCCAACCUGAGCGAACAGUUAACUGCUUUAUUUUUUGUUCAGCGUACGAUGGAUGGUGAAGCCCUCUGGCCAGCUGAAGCAAGUUUACUGUUGUCGGGUCUAGAAACACUGGCAAACUCCAGUGACAUGGCAAGAAAGAGGAUCAUAAACGAACUUGAAGGAAUGAAAUCACAGUUGCUAAAACACUCGUUUAUGCAAGAAUCUGUCGAGGAUAUCUGUGACGCAGCUGGAUUUGAAAUAAGCGACGCUGACUGUAAGAAACUGCGCUCCCUACAUCGUUUCUGUGAAAUCCCAAUCACACGGAAUGCGCGUCAAUUUGUUGAGCGAAUUCUCCGAAACACGCACGAAACAUAUACUCGAGGAAACGACAUCUCCCCUGACCAACUACUAAUGCUACACAUAUUUGUCCUCUACCUAGCACGGCAGAGAACUCUGACUCCUAGGGAGCUCGCCAUGCUCAACCGAUUGAUGGUUGCCAUUUCUACGGCUUCGAUUGACGACGAAACGCUUUGCAUGCUCAACAGUUUGUAUGAAGAGGGUAGAGUGUUCAUGCUUCAUGAGACCCAUACGUUAGAAAUCGACUCCAUCGCCAUGAAUGAGCUGGUUGAACCAACUCCUCAAAACUUAUGUGGAUUUAUUCCAGACAUGUUGGAGGAACUACUUGGAGCAAGUGACAUAGAGAAGCCACUUCCGUAUGGCUGCACGCUUUUGUUGACGGGCAUGUUACACACUCUAACACUGAUGUAUAGUCAGCUUGGCUGGGAGAAGUUGGCCCCAAAGUGGAUUAUUCAUCUGAAACGACUCGUUUGGCGGUUAUUGGGAACUGCGCUACUAAGACAACCUGUCAAAUUGGAUGUCAGAAGUCGUGCUUUAAUAUCGAUUGCUUGCAACAAUUACCGUGACGUCCUCAAACAAGCCCUCCUGGCACAGACCGAAGAUUCACUACACAGAUUGGAAGCAGCUGAAACUACCGGUUACCUCAGUGCCACUGAUAAGAAGCAAUUUACAGAUACCAUCGGUUUGGUGUUAACAAGUCCCCUUAGCUAUCACCUAACCCCGAACUUGUGUGGCAUGUUAGCUCAGGCAAAAGAGUCGCUUUCACGAUGCACUGACCAAUCUAGGUUGUCUGACUACGAACUGCAUUUCCUUUCGCAAACUUUUCAAAGAAUUCGAGAGAAUAUCGACAAUCAGGAUUUGGAUGUGGUUACAACAACAGACCUCAUUGUUAGCUUACAAACCGCAGAGCAGAUUUUAGAUAGGGUAACUUCAAAUGGAUCGAACGAUGAAAUCCGCUUGUUCCAAAAAGAUGCAGCCAUCCUGAAUUCAGCUUUGGAAGUACUGAACAAUCGUUCCUAUCAACAAGGAAGCUUGCAAUCUUGGGAUUCCGAUGAUUAUUCGACGAUUUCAGACGAUUGCCGUGUGGUUCUAGGCCUGACGCAAUCCUUUCUAAGUUCAGUACUGACCACCACUGAAGGGACAAAUUUUUCAGGCGAUCGUGGUGACUCGAUUCGACUAUCAGAUAAUGAAAUCGAUAAAAUCGAGGAGCUAAUAAACUUUUGGAAGCCCCGCCUAGCCCUGGAAGCACAACACCAGAGAACAGCGACUAUCCGAAAAUUGGCUGUUAGUAAUGAAUGUGAUCUCACCGCCGAUAUGACUAACUCUGAGUUGAGCAACGCCAUUCAGCUGACAAUCGCAAAUGGACAAUUUAUGCAGCCUUAUGAUGCUUGGAUAAGUGUGAGGGCCUUGGAAGAAUUGCAAGCGGAUCCUGAGAUGGACUAUGUCAACAUCUCAAACCCUCUACGUGAUGCUCUGCGUCUAGCCAUGUGCCCACUGAGAGAUAACACGAGUACUUCCCUGGUUGACGCUAACGUUAUUUCAAGCCUCACAUACUUGCUGAGCCUUCUACCCUCUAUGUUCGCUCAGUAUUCGUCGGGCAGCCUGUUUGGUGUGACGAUCUGUCCUUCAGAUGCUGCUGCUUUCGGUACUUGUCUAAUGACAGUCCUUCAAUACGGGUCUACUGGCCGCCUGUCGCCAAUUCCCCAGAGAGCCAUGCUGCAACAACAUGAACAACGCAGUCUCUGUGCCGCGGCAAACUUGGAAAAUUACGAGUUAGACUUAUCCGAAGCAACUGAAGUAUCCGAACUACUGGAAGAAGUGAAAACACAGCUUGGACGUUUGGUGCAUCGGGAACUUAUUGACCUUGUUGCUUCUUUGACCACAUUAGAGGAGCACACGGAUCCUGAUCCAGUUUUGCGCACACUGGAACCAGGUGAAAAACAGUUGCUAAUACAUAUUCUUCGUAUCUUUAUGUUGCUUGGAACUCCAGAUGCAGGGCCACAAAGUCAGCGAAGAAACCUUCAUGGUCUGCUGGACUAUCUGAUCUACGCCAGACCAGCUUGCAUCACAGUAAGCCAACGCUGUGAACUCCGACAGUUGUGUGAUUCUUUUGAGGCCGCGCUUUCCCACCCAGACCUACCAGUACCGGUGCGUGUUGGACGAAUACGCAGCACAUUACAAAGUCUGACCUCCAACGAGUCCGCUCGAUUCAGUAUGCUUGCCAGGCCUGUGCGAGUUCAUCCGCGUGAAGCAAUGCUCAUUUUGGAUUUGCUACGGCAAAUGAUUUCGGCUACUGGCAUUCCAAGUUCUGAUACCGCCUUACUGCAAGCAGCACUUGGGCAUAGCGUCGCUAGUGGGCAAACCUGGUGCCAGUGGAGUGCGAUCCCCCAGGAAACAAAAAGUAGAAUAUUGGCACACAUUUGUACAAUGAUCGAAAGCCUGAUAGACAGAAUGAAGGAUAAUGAACAGCUGACUGACCAGGAGGUAUCUAAUAUGGAGUUAGUCGCAAUAUGUGUCAACAGACUGCUGCAGUCCAUAGAGGAGAAAAGGCCGGCCACAACCAUUCUAUCUCUCCUACAGGUUAUCGGUCAUUUGUUGCCAAAGGAACCCACGAUAUCAGAAAAACAUAGACUUCAAAGAAGCACCCGUGUGGAAGAAGACAGUUCUGAACAGUACGCUUGUGAGAAUUCACUGGUGCGAAGGAUGGAACAGGUUGAACGUGAUCUUAAUUCUUCCGAAUACCUUUUCAACUCUGAGGUCGUCGCCAGUAUGCUGGAAAAAACGCAUUAUGUCAAACAGGCUUUAGAAAACUCAAAGACUGAUGCAGAGGAUCAGAGAGCAGUCCAAGAACUUGAAGAUAGCAUUUUCAAAAUAAUUAUUGAAUGUCCCGAAAACGGUGAGACCAAGUCAGCUCAAACUCGAUCUUGUUCGUUAUCACAAUUGAGACCUUUGUUAACACAAGUUCGUCAAAUCUGCAGAGGGGCUGAAAAUGUGCUUCCCGCUAAUUCGACUGUUGAACUACACAAUCCACCAGAAAGUUUUUCAGAACCCGAAAACGUUUCACCGUCCAUGUUGGUACAAUUCGGUCCCACAGUCGAACAAGCUUAUGCGGCUUUUGGACGUUUGAUCACACCCUGCACUCCCAGAGUCAUGGAACCUGCAGAGAUUGCCGAGUUGACUGCAUCCGUCGAUAUUAUACACAGAGCCACCCACCAAGUAACACCUUUGUACAAAGACCAAGUUCAACUGUCUCCCACGGAAAAACAGUUGCUUCAAGAUUUGCAACGCGUAGCUGACAAGGGUGAAACUUAUUUCAUGGAUGAUAGCUCAAUUGAACAAAUCCAAAGUCUGGGACAACGACUAAUGACCCCAAUUCUUCAAGUGAAUCGUGACUUAUUAAAGAAAGGACUGGCACUGUGGUUAUCUGCGUCUAUCAAUGGAAGAUUUGUAUUCAGUAGCACGGAAACGUCACAGCUUCACUCAGCUCUCUGUCUGGCACGGAACACUAUUACCAGGGAGAAGCCAGGUGACCCUGCAGAUGAAUCACUGCGUAUGAUUGACAGGGUCAUUGAGCAGUUUUCCACAACUGUGGAUUCCGGAAUCGGGACAGAAUUAACUGGACCUCACAGUAUGGGGCCUGUUGUUACGGGUUUACUGGAGGAUGCCCAAAGAGUCCAUGAAUCGGUGAACUUAUCUUUGUCGGUGUUCAGCACGCCUCCGUCCAGCAUAUCUGAGUGGUGCAGUAACUACCGAGCUGGUGCAGAUGACAGGCAGUUUUUUGCCAGUUCGAGCGUUUUUCCAUCUAACUUGACAGAUGAAUAUGCUUCUCAAAAUCUGCAGCCAGAAGAUCAACCCUCGGCUUCUAGGUGGCGAAAUGAAUUACCAGGACCUCUUUUAACAGCUUCAAAAGACUCUUCCAACCCCCCUCUUCUUCAUCAAAUACGUAGUCCCAGUCUACAAAAACCUGACCGUGACAGAGAACGAAAAGGACACAGAAGCAGAAGAUCCAUCUCUGGUGGACCCACGCGAGAUCUAGCAUCGCCACUCAGAUCAAAGACUCUGGCUGAAGCAGUGAGUGAGGAGCAAAAACGCCUCAAGACGUGGGAGAAACUUGUUGAAGCGCGUUUGAAUCAGGCAUGUAAUCGAGUGGAAGACCUCUUGGCAAUGUUUCCAACGUCAAACAGUGAUGAAACUCUGAGUGAAGACACCUCCAGAAAGGAGCGUUUUGAUGAACUGCAACGACUGCGGGAGGAAGUGAUAUACCUGAAAGAGCAACUGCGACGUGUUGUUCAUCAGUUGGAAGAGGCUGAACGAAAACAACAGAGGCAAGCGCUUUAUGUGUCAUCCUUACGUGAAUUGAUUGGACGGCAAAAUCGAUCCACUAGUCAGUCAACAUCCACACAAACAACGAUCCCAAUAUCGACUGCAGAUCCGAAAACCGAUCAGUGCUGUACCUUUCCGCUCAAAUCAACAGAUUCCCAAAAAUUCAGACUAUACAGAAGCACUGACUGUCUUCAAGAUCCAUCUUCUCGGCCAGCGCAACCUUAUCGUUCCAAUGAGUUUUCUCGCAUACCCCUAGAUACAGAGACUUUCGACUUUUUGAUUGGUCCUCCAAGGCCACACCGAUUAUCUUCGCUUGAUCGAUUACACGAGCUUAUUGAAAUUCGGCGAGCGAUUGUUGCGGGCUCCAGAGAAGAACUCUGUCGGUUAGGGGCUUAUUCAAGCCUACCUCCACUGAAAUCUCCCCAUCCCUUACCCCAUCAGCGUACUUCGCAAACCUCAAGAGAUUAUAUAACGAAUCCGUGGUUGAUGAAGAUUCUUAUGGACCAACAGCGAAGUUACACGGAUCAUCUUCUUGGAAGGUCUAGUUAUGAGCAGCACCAGAGCAGCCGAGUACUAGAUGCUCUCGAACAACGAUUAGCACAGCUGGAAGAACAACUUACACCACCCGAUAGUCUUUCAAAGGCUAAAUUGCCAAGUGAUAACCCCUGAAGAUCAAGUGAAGAUGAAUCUACCUAUUGCCGGAGAACGGAUACUACUAAAGGCUCCUUUUCAAGCCCGAUGACAGACAACCAGAUAUUUGUAUCUAUGCCUCUUAUGUGCUUCCAUCGAAGUUAUACUGUGCAUUUCACACCGCGCUCUUACGGUGCAACUGAAAACAGCUAUUUGCAUUUGGCUUCCCCAUGUCGCACAUAUAUGCACUUUUAUCACUAAAAAUGUACAGAAUUACCCUUCCUAAGAAAACACUUACACCUUCCUCCUACAAUGAUUGGGCUCAUUCACUAUGUCCUUUUUGCUAUGCUCCCCGCUAUCCUUUUUUUUAAUUCACGUUAGGAACGCAAACCAAUCAGUGACAGACACAGGCUUCCUUUGGUCAGCAUGCAAUGCUAUCUUCCAUUAUUUCUUUACUUGAAGCAUCGUUUAACUUGUAUAAGCCUUGUCAUACACAUACAGCCCAGACUCUGGAAGUUUGGCCGACAAUGACCGGAUAAUAAAUAUACAAAGC